AUGGUUGGACAGCUUGCUAGCAAGGUUCCUGAAGAGCUUGCAUCAGUGGCCAUUCCUGGUCCCACAGCUCCCACAGGCGUCGAAGAGGGAGAUCAGCAAGACGAGCCAUUACAAAAGACGGAGGAGGCAGUUGAGGACGAAAGCUACUCGAAUGCCUCCGGAUUACCAUCAGCCCAGAGUAAUUCCUGCAUGAAAAUUCUUUAUUUCGCGGGUUCAUGUUCGGUAAAUCUUAUUCUACCCUUCUUCAAUGGCUUAAUGUUGGGUUUUGGCGAGCUUAUUGCACACGAAAUCAGCUGGAAAUUUAACUGGUUUAGAAGAUCUAAUUUGGGUUAUCGGAUCUACCCCGAAUCUCGCAAGCUCACUGCCAGACAGCAAACCGAGCUGGAUUCACAAAAAGGAGCUUCCAGGAAAGCCCGUGCGUUCUUAUAA